GUGCUCAUACGUGAUGACGCACAGCGACAACUGCGGGUCCCGAUUGCUGCAGCCGCUUGUCAGUGUGACGAAGAUUGGCACUCAGGUUGACUACCUAUUGGCACAAUCGAUAAUGCCUGAGUGUUUGCAGCAUCUGCAUUGAACGUGAUGGCAGCCCAUUCGGUUUCCAUUGACAAAUACUCCAAGGGAAAGCAACAGCAGAUGCAAGGAGUAGCCAAGUUAGAGAGUGAUACAGAAGACAAGUUUGAGGGGAUGUUAGCAGAGGCACCCAGCCCGACACUCACAGAUCCACAGACGCCCAUGGACGUGGACAAAGCCUCCAUAUAUCGACAUCCUCUGUUCCCUUUGUUGGCUCUGCUGUUUGAGAAGUGUGAGCUGUCCACUCUUAGUUCUGAGUGUAUCACGUCGGCAAGCUUUGAUGUGGACAUUGAGAAUUUUGUCCGCUCUCAGGAGAAGGACGGAAAGCCCUUUUUCAGUGAAGAUCCAGAACUUGACAACUUGAUGGUAAAAGCCAUCCAGGUGCUGCGAAUCCACCUGUUGGAGUUGGAGAAGGUGAGUGACCUGUGCAAGGACUUCUGCAGCCGUUACAUUGCUUGCCUCAAGACUAAAAUGAACAGUGAGACCCUACUGAGUGGAGAGCCUGGUAGUCCUUACUCACCUGUUCAAAGCCAGGCCCCAAGUUUCUCACCAGCCAAAUCCCAGGUCCCCUGUUCCAUCUCAGGGAGUCCUCAGGGUCAAAUUGUGGUGCCGGCUUCAGCCCUGCAACAAGGAAAUGUCACCGUCACGGCAGUAAAUCCCACCCAGGUGGUUGCAGGUAUGUCAUCAUGGCAUACUACCACACCGACAGGUGGCACAGUGUAUCAGCCUGUAACAGUCGUCACUCACCAAGGACAAGUAGUAACACAGGCCAUCUCACCAGGGACUCUACGUGUCCAAAACAAUCAGCUCCAGCUGCGGUUUCAUCAGGACUUAAACCUCUUCAAUCAUGACGACAGCUCGACAAAAAACAAACGCGGUGUUCUACCCAAGCAUGCCACAAAUGUCAUGCGCUCAUGGCUUUUUCAGCACAUUGGACACCCUUACCCAACGGAGGAUGAAAAGAAACAGAUAGCCAGCCAGACAAAUUUGACACUUCUACAGGUCAACAACUGGUUUAUAAAUGCUCGAAGGCGGAUUCUGCAACCCAUGUUGGAUGCCAGCUCCUCUGAGACGCCUAAAACUAAAAAGAAGACUCCUCAAAACAGGCCACUGCAGCGCUUCUGGCCUGACUCCAUUGCCUCAGGGGGUGGCACACCACAGCAAGUUACAAUGCCAGAUGGUACAAUGGUGACGAUGAACAUGGAGGGUCUCCACAGCCUGACAUCGGAUGGUGCGACACUGGCGGUACAGCAGGUGAUGCUCGGCGGCCAUAGUGAAGAUGAAUGUGGGGACAGUGGAGAGGAUGACGACGACGCGGAUAUGGCUGGGCUGGGCCUUGACAACAGUGAAUCACUCCAGUAGAUAAUGCGCACAAACAUCAUACACUACAGUACAUGUCCACGCAAAAUGUCAAAUGAGUCUGCAAAAGCGAGCGGGUUUUUGGAUGGCCAUCGUACAAACGGACACACACAUUUGGGUUUAUCCAGAGCACAAAACAGGAUUUGUGGGAAUUAUCCCAAUCUUCCUAAAAUCCACCUUUUGCCGUGCGUGUUUUUCAGAAACUGUUUUUACUUAUUUAGUUGCUGUAGGCGAUUGCACUUUGUAUAUUUAAGUGAGAAAAGAAAUGGAAUUCAUCCGAGGAAAGUGUUAAACACCAGAAGCGAGUUUGUUAUGCUAUGUUCAUAAAUAUUGACAAACAUCAUGUCUUUCUUCACCCCUGUUGAAUUGUAAGUUUGGAUGACAACACUUUAAAGUUCUAUUGUUAGGGUUUGUCUCUUUUUGCAUGCUUGUGUUUUGAGUAGAUAUGUGCAAGACUGACUCCACAGCUCUCACAUGGACCUCUGCAAAAGAGCAAAGCUCUUGGGAGUUUCAAAAUAAAAGGCAGAUGCUUAUUUUUAUAUCCAUACACAUAAUAUGAAAAUAGUGUUUUUUUUUGUUUGUUUGUUUGUUUGUUUUUGUUCCGUUUGUAACAAAUGUUGAUGUACAGAUUCAUAAAAGCAGCAACCUUGUUUUCCAGGGUUCUUUGUGAAGUUUUCUUAAAAAACUGAAAAAAAAAGAAUUAAAUUGGUUUUAAACUUAAAA